UUUCUUUGAUCUUUCUGCUUGCGAGUUCGCAUAUAAAAUUUUGCUCAAAAUAGAGUUAAAAAUUUCUGUUUGAGAGUGAAAGUACUUAGACUCCAUAUUUUACUUAUUCGGGAGAUGGAUAAGAGAACACGCAGAACUGUUUGGGAAGCCAAAAAGGCAGCUAGACCAGAACUGCGAGACUUGGGUGACUGGGAGCGUUUUCAAUUCUGCGACACUUUCCGGCCGCGCAUCGAAGAAUUGAAAGCCAAAGACAAUUGCCACAGGGUGGACGUGAACUCGGUGACGACGGACGAGUUCAUCGAACUAUUUGAGAAGCCUGGACACCCCUGUGUUAUCGUGAAGGAUCAGGAUACGUGGCUGGCGCAGAAGAAAUGGACAGUGAGGAGGCUUGCCAAGAAAUACCGCAAUCAACGCUUCAAGUGCGGCGAAGAUGACGAAGGUUACUCCGUCAAGAUGAAGAUGAAGUAUUACGUGCAAUAUAUGCAUAAUAACAGGGACGAUAGCCCACUCUAUAUAUUCGACAGUAGCUUUGCUGACCAUCCGAAGCGAAAGAAGUUGCUGGAAGACUACGUUGUGCCGCACUUCUUUCAAGACGAUCUCUUCCAGUUCGCUGGAGACGAGAAGCGUCCACCUUAUCGAUGGUUCGUUAUGGGCCCGGAGCGCUCCGGAACCGGGAUCCACAUCGAUCCGCUAGGAACAAGCGCUUGGAAUGCUCUCGUACGUGGUCAUAAAAGAUGGUGUAUGUUUCCGACUCAAACGCCAAAAGAACUUGUCAAGCCAUCGAUCAAUGACGGAGGAAAGCAGAGGGAUGAAGCAAUCAUGUGGUUUACUCACGUCUAUCCUCGCACCCAAGACCCAUCCUGGCCACAGGAAUUUAAACCACUUGAGAUCAUUCAAGGUCCAGGUGAAACCGUCUUUGUGCCCGGAGGCUGGUGGCAUGUCGUUGUAAACCUCGAUACAACUAUAGCUGUCACUCAGAACUUCUGCAGCAGGACAAACUUUCCCGUCGUAUGGCACAAGACCGUCAGAGGGCGCCCCAAGCUUUCCAAGAAAUGGAUCAAAGCCCUUCAGAGAGAAUGGCCAGAGGUCGCGGCAAUGGCCGAAAAUGUUGACCUGUCCAAGCCUAGCGGUCUCCAGUCCGAUAGCUCCUCCGAUAGCUCCAGCUCUAGUUCCAGUGAUGACAGCGCUUGCUCCUCCUGUGACAGCAGCGGCAAUGAAUCCGAGGCUGAAAAACGUCACGAUAAAAGAACCAAAAGACGAAAGGUGGAGGGUGAUGACAAUGCUGAUAUACAUCACCAGUCCGUGCCGCAGUAUGACCCCAGAACAGGCAUGACUUACACCAGAUGACACAACCAAUCAGCAUCAAGCUUUCAUCCCGAGGCAUCAUGGGACAUCAUACCGAGUGCUAGGCAGAAGUGUGCUGACCCAUAUACCCGUAUUCUGAACUCGGGUUCAAAUUAAACCCUGGUGUAAAGUUGUGGAUUAAGUAUGGAAAGCCAAUCGGACCACAAAUCCCCAACAGCACACACUCAAUCUAUUAACUCAUAUGACUCCCAAAUUGUUCGGAAUUGUCUUGGAAUGAUAACUGAAGUAUAUUUCUUCAUUAUGAAAUCAAAAGGAAACAAAAUAGUAAACUAAAGAAAUAAAAUUA